CAGCUUCUCCACAGAUGAGGAUAAUGACACAGAGGUGGAAGCCAUAGAACAGGACACGGAGCUGCACCUAGUCUCCGAGUGUUGGGUGGAGCCGCAGAGCGGGGGUCGUUAUGGGCACCUCUGAGAGCUGGAAGCACCUGCAUGGCCUUAUGUACUCCGAGAUCCCACAAGCCUUGUUUCCCAGAGAUCAGAGCUGCAUCAACAUCAUGUUAACAUUUGAGUACAUCGUACAGCUCUGCCAGAACAAAGAUGGCGGAUCUCCAAUCCUGACUAAAGCGGAGCGCACAGAAUCGGGGGAGAGUGGCAGCGGCCUGUGCAUUCGGGAGGUGCCGUUCCACUUUGAUCUGAUGAAGUUGCUACCCAAAUGCCAACAAAUUGAACUGUUCUUCCUGACGCUGAGCCGGGCUGAGAGUGACAAUGCGUUACCGGACUUGUCUCUGCCCAAU